CGUAGGUCACGCUGAGGGUUAUCUAAACAAGACAUGGCGGAGCAAGGACCGCAGAAGUCAGCCCUAACAGCGGCACAGAAACAACUUUUAACCCACCGAAAGCAACUCGAUUACUGGCAGCAAAAUGCGGGUCGAAUACGGCGGCGUAACCUCCUGACUGGCCUCACAAUUGGAGCGUUUGUCAUCUCAAUAUUCAGCUACACCAUUUAUUCUGUUAAACAGGAGAAGAUCAUGGAUGAAAUAGAUGAUGAAGCACGGAUCCAUUUCAUACAAGGGCCUCGCACUGGGGCAAACUCGUAGUCCCACUCAACAUGGGACUGUUCUGGAGGCUGAGACCGACAACUUGCAUCUACUGUGUUGAACUGCAGUACGCUCCAAGCCAAGGAGAAGUUUAAGAAUGAAGAAUAGGAAAAACAGUGAAUUCUUAAUAGUACAUAUAGACAAAUUAUUUAGUACAGUUAUUAAUACAGGAUGUAAAUAUUAAAACCCUUGUAGGGAAGUUGCACUGUCCAGACUCAUUAUUCAUUUUUUAAGAUUAUUUUGAGAGAUAAAAUUGUCCCGAUGCUGAUACAAGUUUGAUGGUGUAUGUAAACAAAAUAUGUUUCAUCUUAAUAUGUUAUCUACAUGUGAAGUAAACAUGUUCCAAUAAAUAUUAAGUUAACUGA